AUGGAUCUCCUACCCACGGACUCAAUCGUCUUACCGCCAGUUGUAUCACAGGGGGUACUGCUUGGUAUCCUCUGGACUGGAAGCUGUAUUUCAAUACUCACGGUCAUAUCUCGCCUCGCCAUCCGCUGGAGAGUGCUUGCUAAAUUUAAAGCUGACGAUUACCUUGUGAUUGCUGGCCUUUUGUUUUCAUUAGCCUCGACGCUUAUAUGGACAGUCCUUAUUGGCGACCUCUACGCGCUCCUUAAUGCCGGAGCCACCCUUGGGACCGGAGACUUCUCAACAUUGUUUUCGAGGGCUGGAAAGGCAUUACACGGCAACCUAGCUAGCUACAUCUGCUCCUGGAGCUGCCUUUGGUCUAUCAAGCUGGCCUUCAUUGCCUUCUUCUACGAGUUAGGCCGUCAAAUCAGGUUCCAGCAGAUCUUAUGGUGGUCAAUCUUAGUGUUUGUUAUAUCGACAUAUAUUGUUUGCAUUGGCAUCCUUGACUACGGCUGCCUGACAAGCGUGGGCUUCAAUAUCAUGGCUAAAUGCAUGACCGCGGAAGUCGUUGAAUACGAGUAUAGCAAUACGCGAAUCACCACGGCAUUUGACAUUGUUACAGACUUCAUGAUCGUGGGCCUCUCGGCAAACAUCGUUUGGCGAGCCCAGGUCCCGUGGAAGAAAAAGGUUAUGUUGGCCUGUAUCUGCUCUUUGACAGUGGUCAUGGUAGUUAUUGCCGUUAUUAGGAUCACUGUUGGGGCCCCCAGCAAAGGGGCACCCGAUCUCUCUUGGCUCCUGCUAUGGAACUCCGUUGAGAUGAACUUAGCAAUAUUUGUUGCCUGCAUUGCUUCUUUUCGAAGCCUAUACUGCCAGUCACGGAAUGCAACUCGUGCUAGCGAAGGCACGCCCGGUCGUAGCAAGAAGAAAACCUCGGAUCGGCGCCAGUUUCUCACCAGCUUCGGUCCUUUUACCACAUUUGGCGCCUUCACAUUGCUUGACGAUGAAAAUGCACAGUGGUCGAGGGAAGAUCUAAGAGAUAAUGAUGAGCUGCCUCUUACCCCGGGCAUGAUAGACAGCGAACGCUAUCCAACCGACGUAGGGAGCGUUAUGGUUAUGGCAGACAUGCAAAAGCCGGAUCGUGUCCAUUAG